UUGACAUUUGCCAGUGUGUUUUCCUGAAAAAUCAAUAUUUUCAUGAAUUUUGUGCUAAUUUUUGUCAAUGUGUUGUAAUUUAAUCACAUCUUAAUAUUAUAUGAAUUUUAAUUGACAAUGAAAUGGCAGUCCAAUUUGUGGAUACGUUGUGGUUAUAUUUUGGUUUGUUUACUAGGGACUGCACUCGCGGAAUUAGGUAACCCCUAUGAAAUUUUGGGUGUUCAUAGAAAAGCGUCACAAUCAGAAAUAAAGAAGGCGUAUAGGCAACUAGCGAAAGAAUGGCACCCAGACAAAACCAAAAACCCAGAGGCUGAAGAAAAGUUUGUAAACAUAAAACAGGCUUAUGAAUUGUUGUCUGAUCCCGAGCGACGGAAAAAAUACGACGAUAAGGGAAUAACAGAAGAUGACUUUUACAACAACCCUGAACAUCCUCCCUUCCAUACCAGUAACCCAUUUGAUGACAUUUUUACGGCUCAUGGGGCGCAUUUCAACUUUCAGGAAAACGAUAUCACUUUUUUCCACAAAUUGUCGAUAUCUACAAGGCAAUAUGAUAAAUUAAUUGUCCCAAAGAGUGAAAAAACGCCUCAUUUGAUUUUUUUUUACACCGAUUGGUGUUUUGCUUGCCUUCAAACUGCUCCAUACUGCCGAAAGUUGGUUGACAAAUUGGAACCAUUAGGUGUUAAUUUCGUCACAGUUCAUUCUGGUAGGGAACCAGCACUGGCAAGACGCCUUAACAUACAUGCCUUGCCAUGCAUUGUUUUGUUGCUUGAUGGUAAUGUCUUUGUCUACAAGGAAACAAUAACAAGCAUUCAGAGAAUAAUUGAAUUCCUCAAAAAUAAAUUACCGUACAAACUAGUUCCAAAAUUGAAACAUAAUGAUGUGGGAGGGUUUCUCAAUGGUUGGGAGGAUAACAGAGUUCGCGGUCUAAUUUUUGAACCGCGGCAAAAUAUUAGAUUGCGAUAUUUGAUAACUGCCUAUCAUUUCAGACACAGAGUUGCUUUUGGUUUUGUAGAUUCUCAAGAAAUUCGGCGCAAAUAUCAAGUUCCUCAAGAUAUGGACACAGUUUUGUUGUUCAAUGAAAACACGUCGUCUCCUAUGGCUAGUCUCUCAAUGAAAGAUAUCCCCACUUCCACUUUACAUCAUGUUGUCUCGUUGAAUCAGUAUCUUGCCCUGCCGAGGCUAUCUUCUCAGGAAGUUUUGGAGGCUUUGUGUCCCUGCGAGUGGAACAAGCCCCGAAAGCGGCUGUGCGUUGUUUUAGUGACAAAAGCAUCAACCAGUCAUGAUCCCCACCGACAAUCUUUUCGAAUUUACGCACAAAAUGCACCAUACAAUGUCGAAAAAGUUCGUUUUGCGUACAUCUAUCAUGACAAACAAACGGAAUUUGUUAAUUCUUUAAUCCCCGGUAAAAAAAAUAUCGCUGUUUUUUUAUUUUACAGAAAAUAUAUUGCAGAAGGUGAGGAGGUCGAGCCUUUGCUUCGUAUUGUAAUUUUGUGGCGUAGAGACACAUCACAUGUUAAAUAUGAAUGGAUUAAUGACAAGUGGGAAUGGGAGAAUAAUCUUAAUCAAACUACUCAAAAACUAGAAAGUACCAUAAGUCGCCUAUUGAGGUCUAGCGAAGCUUUGAGUUAUGAAGCUCUAGUUAAUGAUUUAUUUGAUGAACACGCGAAGGGGAUUUUCGGCCGAAUUGCUAGUAGAGUCGGGACUUUUGUCGAGUCGGUUUAUGAUGGAUUGAGCAAGGAUCAAAUUUUGCCAGCUUUGUCUAUAGUCGGGACGAUUAUUUUUAUCUUGGCUGUUGGCUACUUCAUGGCAUAUUUGGUGCGUUUGGAAGAAGAGAGUAUUCAGCAACAAAAAGCUAAAGCAAAAUCUGGAAACAACAAUAACGACUCUAACUCAAGUUACCAACCCGAAUUGCGUUUGCACGAAUUGCGAGCCGAGAAAUACAACGGACUGGUGAGACUUUUAAAACCUGGUUGUCGGACUAUUCUUCUAGUAGUAGAUAUGCAAUCAUGCCGACAACUAAUCCCACCCUUCCAUAAAGCGGUAUGGCCGUACCGAAAAAAUAAAACAUUGAUGUUUUCCUAUAUGUAUAUUGAACGGGGCCUUAGCUGGUACAAGGAGUUGUUGCAAUUAUCCUUGCCAGAGGAGCGCGAACUGAACAUAAAUCCACGUAAUUGCGUUGGGACAGUCUUGUCUUUAAACGGCCACAGAAAAUACUUCUGCAUGUUCCACGCCAAACACACUGAACGUAAUGCGAAGAAACACAGAUCUAAAAUGCCGACGAAAUUUGACGAAAAAGACUGUGAAAGUGGAACGUUUAUCGGUUUUGAUUCCGACUCGUCUGAAUCCGAGGAGGAGCUUUUACUUCAAGAGAAUUUAUUGGACAGUCUGCCGAAUUGGCUCGAUCGAUUAUUUGAGGGAACAACACAACGUUAUCACAUCAACUAUUGGCCAGACUUUCCAAAUAAAUAAAUAACGUUAACACAUAGAGUAGCCUAGAAGUUACAUAGCUCAUGUUAUUUAUCUGUUUGUUGUAUUUAUACAUAUCUGUAAUGUUUGUAUAAUUCCAUGCAUUUGCAAUGCUUUCUUUCUACUGUUGUGUUAAUGUGAAAACGGAUCUGUUGUGUUUUUCAUUAAAUUCUAGUCACAUAUUUAUUGUUAGGAUAGUUAACAGCUGAAGGUUGAAUGAAUCCAAUUUCAUAUUGAAAUUUUUCAAGUGGAUUGUUAGUGUAGCUUCGAAUUUAUAUAAUUGCCUGAAUUUUAAAUUUACACAAAGUCGAAAUUACGGGAGUGUAUAUAAAUUAUUGUGCUUCGUUUGGUUAUUAAACUCCCAUUCUUAAUACUCAUAGAGCCUAUUGAAUUUUAAAAAACAUUUAUACUAGUUCGUUAGUUGAUGCUAUAGACAAUUUCUAGAUUCUUUUUAAGACGUUUAUAAACAUAUUUAUUUGUGCCAUAUUAUGUAUUUGAUAAUUUAAGAGUAAUAGUCCAAAAGACAAUGGUGUAUUACCUCGUGAUUCAAAUUUCCAAAUAAAGUUGUUUUCAUUUAAACGUA